CUGAUACUUCGGCGGCGGCGGCGUGACAAACCUAUCGUAAGAUAUCAUGAACAUUGGAUUCAACCAUUUACGGCCUUGAGACCUAUGAAAGGAUUUUUCUACAUAAAAUAUCAAGAGCUGCGAGAAUAUAAUAAAAAGUUUUUCGGAUAUUACAGAAUGACUACAAAAUCAUUCGAUAAUUUACUACGACUAGUUGGUCGGGCUAUUACCUAUCAAGAUACGAAUUGGAGAAAAGCAAUUUCAGGUGAAGAGAGACUCUCGAUAACUCUAAGGUACUUGGCUUCAGGAAAUAGCUACUAUUCGCUAUAUUACGAAUAUCUAAUUGGUAUCUCUACAAUUGGUGAAAUUAUAGAAGACACGUGUGAAAGACUAUUAUCUUGUUUACAAUCUUUAUACAUGCCAGAACCAGAUGAAAGAACUUGGUCCCAUACUGCCGAACUUUUCUAUAAAAGAACCCAUUUUCCACAUUGCUUGGGAGCGGUGGAUGGAAAGCAUAUAAGGUGCGAAAAGCUUAAUGGCGCGGGUUCUGAAUUUUAUAAUUAUAAACAAUAUCAUUCCUUAGUUUUAAUGGCGGUGGCUGAUGCAAAUUAUUAUUUCAUCAGUGUUGACAUAGGUGCUUACGGCAGCAGUAGUGACUCUACCGUUUUUAAAAAUUCUGCAUUUGGAAAGAAGCUUGAAGGUAGUCAGUUAAUACUUCCAUCACCAACUUACCUACCAAAAGAUGAAAAUGGGGAAAACAUGCCUUAUGUUUUUGUUGGAGAUGAAGCGUUCGCUCUCUCAGAACACAUAAUGCGACCAUACCCCAGAAGAAACCUAUCUGUAACUCAAAGAGUUUUUAAUUACAGACUCACACUAGCAAGAAGAUUUGUAGAAUGCACUUUUGGCAUACUUACUAAUAAAUGGAGAAUUUUACAUCGGGCUUUAGAUGUAAAACUAACAACUUGUGACCAAAUAAUUAAAGCAUGUUGCAUUUUACAUAAUUACGUACGCAAACAUGAUGGAAUUCGGUUUAAGGACAAAUUGUAUGGGACCGAGUUACAAAGUUAG